AUGCUUCUUCACGGUUUCUCGCUGUAUGAUAUACAGAGGGUAUACUAUUUAGUUUGUGUCUCUGCAAUUUUCAACGAAUCUAUUUUACCAGUCACGUGGCGAAGAGAGGUAAAACCGCUCAUUCAAAGUAAAAGUCUAUUUUACCUCAUUCUUAAACCGCCUCAUUCAAAAGAGGUAAAACCGCCUCAUUCAAAGGUAAAAGUCUUUUACCUCAUUAGAGGUAAAACCGCCUCAUUCAAAGGUAAAAGUCUUUUACCUCAUUCUAGAGGUAAAACAUUCAAGCCCUCAUUCAGAGCUGAAGGUAAUGGGAUUAUAUGGGCUUCAGCGCGGCGCCUGCAGUAUAUAAGCAGAUUACCAUGGAAAACACCGCCGCGAGCUCCCUUGGCAAGACCAGUAACAGUCGCGGGACCACCGAGAACACUUCAUUCUUAUUCAGUUGCAGUUUCGAGAGCUGAUAAGAUGGUGUUCGCCAACGCUUCCGGUCCUCAUGCAGAGGCCUACACCGGUCAGGUUGUCUUCGGAUAUCCUGAAGGUGUCACCGUGGUGGACCUUGUGCCAGAGAACAUCCGGCACAUGAUCCACCCUCACUGGAACAACUACCCUCCGGUCAACCCCAUGUGGCACUAUGUGCUCGGUUGCAUCUACAUCAUCCUGGGCUGUCUCUCCUUCUUCGGCAAUGGGCUGGUCAUCCUGCUCUACCUGAAGAACAAGUUCCUACGGACGCCUUCCAAUCAGCUGGUCCUCAACCUGGCCAUCAGUGACUUCCUCAUGCUGAUGACGCAGUUCCCCUUCUUCACCUACAACUGCUUCAGCGGAGGAGUGUGGAUGUUCAGUGAGACCUUCUGCGAGCUGUACGCCUUCUUCGGGGCCAUCACCGGCAUCGCAUCCAUCUGGACGCUGUCCUUCAUCUCCUACGACAGGUACAACGUGAUCGUGAAGGGUGUGAGCGGAACGCCCUUGACCUCUGGAAGGGCCACCGCCUUCGUCCUCUUCGCCUGGAUCUACGCCAUCGCAUGGUCGCUGCCUCCCUUCUUCGGCUGGGGAAAGUACAUUCCUGAGGGUAUCCUGGACUCCUGCUCCUUCGAUUACCUCACCCGCGAUGACAACCUUCGAUCCUACGGAAUCAGCAUCUUCGUCUUCGACUUCUGCGUACCUCUCUUCACCAUCGUCUUCUCUUACAUUUCCAUCGUGAAGGCUAUCUUCGCCCACGAGGCCGCCAUGAGGGAGCAGGCCAAGAAGAUGAACGUGUCCAACCUCAGGUCAAACCAGGAAGCCCAAGCACAGUCUGCUGAGGUGCGCAUCGCCAAGGUCGCGUGCACCAACGUGGCUCUCUGGGUGGUCUGCUGGACUCCCUACGCCGCCAUCGUCGUCCAGGGCCUGUUCUUCAACCAGGGCCCCAUCACGCCUCUCGUGACCAUGCUGCCCGCCCUCCUGGCAAAGUCCUCUGCCUGCUACAACCCCAUGGUCUAUGCCAUCAACCAUCCCAAGUUCAGAUUGGCCCUCCAGAAGCAGAUGCCUUGGUUCUGCAUUCACGAGAACACCGAGACGGCCUCCUCCAAGUCCGCCGAGACCAAGUCCGUCGAGUCCAAGGAGGAGAAGGAAGAGGCUGCUUAAAUCCCACGACGACGACGACGACAGACAAAUGCACGUUACAAUGGAAUAGGACGGAAUUCCCCAUGGCGUCGCUGAAUGCGUUUCGCUGUCAUGGAUCUUACGUUUAUUGCAAUCUCGAUCAUCAAAUGACCAAUAGCUUCUUCCUUCGCUAAUCUUUCCUAUGACGAAAAUAAAUCUGGCUUUGGGCAAA